AUACUUUGUGGAGUACAGAACAUAGUCAAUGAUUCGUCAGAAGGAACAUUAGCAGAAGCAGAGCGUGUUGGUUCAAUCAGUGAUUAAUGUCCCCGUGAAACCCCACAGCCCCCUUGAAGGACCUGGAAUUGUUCCUCAAACCACUCGUGAGUCUCCAUCGACCUCAUUCAGGUGAUUAUGAAUUACCGUGAUCUGUUGGGAUUUAUUUAAUGGAGCGAACUGUCAUAGCUAUUCGGGCCUCAUGCUCCAUGAACAAGAAUCGAUUUCACCAGAGUAAAAAUGAGCUCCCUUAGGAUUGGCUUCGGGUUUUGGCCGUUGAAUUGAGUUGAAAUAGGCUAACUUUCUAAAUAGAUGGAACGAAUGGAGCCUCCGAGUGAGUCGAUCCCGGCGCCUCAUGGAGACAAAGCGGUGUUAGAGCCCACCCUUUCUACCGUUACCAUGCCCGUUACCGAGCCCGUGGUGGCUCGGCCCACUUUGGUAUUGGAUGGAUCAGGUGGAACAGCCAAGACUGCGGCCAUUCUCGGUGGCGCCAAAGUGGUCCCGGUUCAGAUCCAGGUGGUGCCCCAAGGACAGAUCCCAAUUUCCUUGGUGGGUGGGAACUUGAUCAGACAGAAGUUUCUCACCGCCACCGCCUCCACUGCGACCACCACCAACAAUGGCUCACCCACUGGGACCAAGAGCAUUAUUCUAACCAAAGUCCAGACCCUGAAUCCGGGACAAAUCAGACCAGGGAUACUUCAGCCCAAGACAGCCAAGAUAUUGGCCAUCAGUGCGGGCCAAUUCGCUAAUGCCACAUCCCCCUCUGCUUCUGUCAACACCAAAGAAACGACUGGAGGAGGACCGCCAGUCACUCCUACCACUACCACAACAACCACCACCACCAUCAUCACCACCACCAACAAGAUCCCACCCACGAAUCUAGUAGCAUCGAGUCCCGUUAGUGGGCGACCGAAUAUCAUUCGCUCACCCGCGGUAGUCAAUCGAAGUGGGACUGAUCCAACCAUGGGUGUGAGCUCCUUGUCUCUACCGUCGAGUAGUCGCCGAAAGACGGCACAUCUGCUCAAAGAAGAUCCAAGUGUGUCGGAGAAGAAAGCCUCUCCAAUGGUGGUAUCCCAAUCCAGUGUCAAGGACGAAAUCACGUCCGACGAGAAUGAAACGCCUCCGGUUGGACUAAAACAGGCCGAGGUCUCGGAUCAACUUGAGAUGAACGAACAGCAACCCCCGAAACCGGAAGUCGAAUUAGGCAAAGAAGCUCAAGUAGUGGCUGCUGGCCUUCAGGACACGGUGACAAUAAAAGUCGAAGUCGUCUCGGACAUCAAAACGAAGGAGCUCGCUUCGUUCGAUCCUUUCGAGAGUAUUGAUGAGACGGGGAAGAAUACAAAGAGCGAAGAAAAAGAAAUUGACUUCAAAUCCAACGAGUUUGGUGCCUUGGAGAUCAAGGAUGCAUCGAAAAGCAACUCGGAAACAAACUCGGACGGCCCCGAAGAUCAAACCGAUGAAGACAUUGACCUGACUUGCAAGGAAGAAACUCCUGAAAGUCCCGUUGAUGAAGGAGUUCAGGGAAAAGGCGGGACCGCGAAAGCGGCGGCUGGAGUCAAAGCCACGAAAUUGGUCGAUGAUUCACCAUCAACCAACACUAAGAAACCUCCCCAAGUCCGCCCGGAUGAGAUUGUCAGUUGCCAAGGUUGUGGAUGCUAUGCCAUGGCGGGGGAAUUCGAGUUCCUCCCGGAUUCGGCUUGCUCUCGGGAUUGUUUGGGAAAAAUCCGUCAGAAACGCCGGGAAAAGGCUCGCAGAGAGCGUGAACUGGUCUGUCAGAGACAAAGGAGAGAGGCCAAAAGGAAGGAGAAAGAAAAGGAACGAUUGGAGUCACAACGCAAGGAGAAAGAGGAAUCGGAAACCAAAGUGGAAAACGAGAAGAGACUCGAACAGGAGGAGCAAGAUGUCCAAGACGAAAUGGAGGAAGACGGUCUCCGCGAAUUUGAAGAAAAGAAUUCGGGCAAAGGCUCCAAGGGAAGAAAUGUCCAUGGGCAUUUCAAUCAGAUCUAUCCGUGGUACGAUAUUCAUCGGGGUUUUUCGUGGUAUCGUUACCUGGAGUACACCAAUGCCAAAGCAGCACCUGCGCGUCUUUUUGUUCAUGAUCGAGUCAAGAAAAUGGUGCCUCAAUUUGAGUUGGGCAUGAAACUAGAAGCCAUCGACCCCGAGCAUCCAGCCUUGAUCUGCGUCGUGACAAUCGCUGAUAUUCAAGGCUCGCGCUUCCGGUUGCAUUUCGACGGACACUCUUACUCCUACGAUUUUUGGGAGAAUAUGGAUUCUCCCAAUGUGCUACCCGCCGGAUUCUGCUCUUCUCAUGGCCAGCGGCUUGAGCCGCCAAAGGGCUUCAAAGGUCGAAGCUUUGAUUGGAAUACUUAUCUCGAAGAGACCAGGAGUCAAGCGGCUCCAGCGGAAAUAUUUCCCAACCAAUCAUCAAAGCUCUCGGAUGUGUCGUCGACGUGGCGAAUUGGAAUGAAAAUGGAAGCCGUGGACAAGCACAAUGCCAGCCUCGUGUGCGUUGCCACGGUCACCAAUGUCCUCAAUGGGCGGAUUCUCAUUCAUUUCGAUGGUUGGGAAAUGGCAUACGACUACUGGAUUGUGCCCAGCAAAUGCCCAUUUAUCCAUCCUGUCGGGUGGUGCGAGAAAAACGGGAUUGAGUUGACACCCCCAAAGGGCUACUCAAACGAGUCUUUCUCGUGGGACCGGUACCUCGAAGUGACGGGAUCGAUGGCCGUUCCACCGUAUGCAUUCACUCCCGUGCCCACAGAGUCGCAAUUUCGAGUGGGAAUGAAACUCGAGGCUGUGGACAAACGGAAUCCAAUGAUGAUCCGCGUGGCCUCCGUGGCCUCGGUGGAAGGACAUCAUCUACAGAUCCAGUAUGAUGGAUGGCCGGAGGAGUACAAUCUGUGGUUUGAGGAUUUUUCACCCAGUUUGUAUCCCGUAUCUUGGUGUGCUCGGAAUGACCACCCGCUAAUGCCACCGCUAACCCCCGAAGAGAUCAAAUUCUAUCAGAAUCGUGUGGCCUCAUGCCCUGUGGCGGGUUGCCGUGGUGUGGGUCACGUCAAAGGUGCUCGAUUCAAUACCCAUAUGGCCGAGAAUGCAUGUCCAUAUGCCACGCAGAAUAGGCAUGUCGAGCCUCCGCUACCCGAUAGAAUCCAAGGACUCACUUUGGAAAGGUCCAGGCAAGUUUUAGAGGCCAGAAGCAAAGGUACAACCGUGCAUCAGCAACAGCAGCAAUAUCAGAUACAACAACAACAACAACAACAGCAACAACAACAGCCACAAGGGGGUGGUCGGCGGAAACGGAAGAACCGGCGAUUCUUUGACGAAGACACUCACAUAAGUGACCAUUCGUCGACUGGAAGUAGUCAUGAACCUCCCUUGAAGAAGCUGCUUCAACGCUCUGGACCCGUUGGAUCCAGUUCUCGCUUUGAUCCUCAAGCCGAGGAGAUCCGCUCGGAAGUUUUUCAGCCCCGAUUUUGCCACACUCUCCAUUCGGAACGGCUCAACUGGAAAGCGAACUCGGAAUUCCUCCGAGAGAAGUUGGCCAAGUUCGAGAACCAUCCGAAGAAAUUCGCCCUCUUGGGGCCCAAGGACUUGGCCAAUAUGUUGCGUUCCCUAUUCCCAGAUCUGAAUUCAGAGUUUGUCAGCAAAAUUCAGGAGGAAGAAAUUGAUGGGGAGGCUUUUCUGCUCCUCAACCAGAGCGACUUUGUCCAAUCCAUGGGCUUCAAACUGGGCCCAGCUGUGAAACUUUUCAACGUUGUUCUCUUCAUCAAAAAUCAACUGAAGGCUGUAUGAGCAUCCAAACACAUGUCGUCAAUCACCAACAUAACCGACAACCACCACCGCCACCACCUCAAAUAUCAUUAAGUCCGAAUACGAAUACACACCCUUGUUAUUUUGUUUGCA